CAUAGUUUAUUUCUGAACACAUUAACUACAGUAUCGUUCACUGUACAUAUAUGUUAAAGUUCAGAGAGAGUAGCUGAUGCCUUUUUGUUUGAUUCAUUCAAAUUGUAAAAUUUCAAACGUCAACUUAUAUAGCACACUCAUAACUGGAUACUUUGCAAACACAUUAUAAACCAACUCAUAUUUUUUUUCGGAUUAGUCGGUUUUAUUCUGAUGAUCCUACACAGCACCACUGAUUCCGGAUUGAGUCUCAGCAUUGAAAAUGGUGAAUAAACGUUUCUCAGCAUUCUCUCGAAAAUCUCUUCUAGUUAGAUCAGCCCCAAUUCUGUUGGCUGGAUGUGUCCUUCUUUAUUACAUCUACUUGAAAAUUACGAUUGUGCAUCAGCAGAUAUUUAUUAUUGAUCAUCAAUCCAAAUACUCAAAUGGAAGCAUCAAUGGAAAUGAGGAAACCAUAGCCACUGGAACCUUUGGUGAUCAUAAUCUUUUGGCAAAGAAUGGGAAUGUUUCAAGCUCCAAUGAAAAGGGUCUUUGUCCCCUUGUUUCACCACAUUUGAGAGGAGAAUUCAAACCAACGCAUGUUAUACCAGAAUCUAUUUCCAAUGUGGAGGAUGAACUGAAAAUGGUUGAAGCACUGCCAGCCUUGGGAGGCUCUUGGCAGCCCAACAAUUGCACGGCAAGACAUCAUAUAGCUAUAAUAGUUCCUUGCCACGACCGAGAUGAGCAUCUCAGAGCUCUGCUGAGGCACUUGCAUCCAUUCCUGCAACGCCAGCAGAACAGUUAUGGCAUAUUUGUCGUUGAUCAAAAAGCUUUCUAG